GAUUUAUUUAGGUAAUAAUAAUGCAUGAAUUAAUUGAUACAAAAACAAAGUGAUUAUUACAUUUUGAUCUGAUAGCUAAAUGAAUCCUAAUUACCCUGAUUUGAGUGCAUGGAACUUAUCAGGAACACAAGACACAUGUCCUAACCAAGGUUCAAAUUAUCCAAAUGGAAAUUCAAGAUAUUCAGCUGGAGGACCAGGUUACCCAGUCGGAGAACCAGGUUACCCGGUCGGAGGACCAGGGUUCCCAGGUAAGAGACAGGGAUUACCAACCGGUGGAUUAGGAUUUUCAGUAGGAGGACAGGGUCCAAUAGAUGGGGGAAUAGGAUUCGCGGGUGGGGGUCCAGGGUCCAUGGUCGGAGGUGCAGAUUAUACAUCAGGAUACUAUCCUAAUUCACUUUCUGGAGGAUUUCAACCUUCCAAUCAACCUGGAUUUAGAUAUUCACCAGAAGGAGAUAAUCACUCGACAAAUAACCCAUAUCCUGUUGCACAGUCACAGGGUUAUGUUCCAGGAGCCCCUCGUUUCGGACCACAAACUAAUGAAUAUAAUAAUGGUAGCAAUUUACAAACAGAUCACAAUAUCUGCCAAUCCAAUCCUAAUAGUGAGAUUUUUGAACCAACAGUCAAAGAUGCAGCAAAUUUUGAUCCAGAAGAAGAUUGUGAACGUUUACGAAAAGCAAUGGCUGGUUUAGGAACAAAUGAAAAAGAAUUAAUAGAAGUAAUGGGUCGUAGAAGUCCUAAACAACGUGUUAUAAUAGCAAAAAAAUAUAAAGCAAUAUUCGGAAAAGAAUUAGCUUCUAAGUUUGAUUCUGAAUUAAGUGGACACUUUUAUGAAUGUAUGGUAGCAUUAUGUCGAUCUCCAUCGGAAUUCGAUGCAACAGAAUUACGUAAAGCAAUGCGUGGUGCUGGUACAAAUGAAGAAGUUUUGAUUGAAAUUUUAUGCACUCGAACGAAUGAACAAAUAAGGGAGAUUUGUGAAGCUUAUUCAAGAAUUUACAAAGGUCGUUACCUCGAGAGAGAUUUAAAAGAUGAAACAUCCGGAUAUUUCAAACGUAUCUUAGUAGCAUUAGUACAAGCGGAUAGAGAUGAAAGUCCAAAGGUUGAUGAGUGUCGAGCACGUAGAGAUGCAGAAGAAUUAUAUAAAGCUGGAGAGCAAAGAUGGGGAACAGAUGAAUCAAAAUUUAUCCAAGUCAUCUGUCAUCGAUCCUAUGCUCACUUACGUUUAGUUUUUCAGCACUAUACAACACUUGGUAGAAGAGAUAUUGAAAGUGCUUUAAAAUCUGAAAUGAGUGGAGAUUUGCUUCGAGCUAUGCUUACUGUUGGUGAAAUAUAUGAACAGAAUCUUUAUCUUGUUGGGAUAUAAUGAUAUCCUAAAGUAUUUGAACAUUCAGUGGAUUUAACAUUUUGGAUAUUAAUCAAUAUUUUAUCAAAUAAAACAUUAAUGCAAAUGGAAAAUCAGUUAGUAAACGGAAUACACCCAUUAAGAUAAUAAACAAGAAAGAUUGGUUUAGCGAAAAGUUCUCUUUUAGGUGAGUUCACUCUCAAAACUGUACAAUGACAUAUAUAUACUUAUUUUUAGGAUGGUAAUAAUUACAAUAAUAAUGAUAAAAAUGAUAAUGAAAGUCUGUUAGACGUGAAGACAGUGAGGUAGAAUAAACAAGCUAUUAAAAAAAUUUUUAAACAGGGAAGGUAACAAUCAUUUGAAAGCAAAGAUGGAAAGUGGCUAGCAGUGGAGUCCAGGACGAGCUUUUCGUCCUAUUUGAGACGGUACUUGGUUCGAAGACCGGAGUGAACAACAACUCUGGGGUGCAGGUACAUACAGCUGACAAGUCCCAAAUAGGACGAAAUUCACGUCCUGGAUUCCAUUGCUAAUCACUAUCCAUCUUUGCUAAUAACGCUUGUGACUCAAGGCAAUAUCGAGGCAGUCCACAUAGGAUGUAUAUAUACCAACAAGGGGCUGAUCAAUUGCAGUCCUAAGCAACAAUGGGAAGAUAUAAGUAAACAACACCAAGUGAAUUUAAUAAUCGUUUGAUUGUUAAUGGCUCAAAUAUUCGUCAAGAGAUAAAUAGUUCAAUUAUCAUUGAGAAAGAAUGGUUCAGCAUGAUAAGACAAAAUGUUGAAAUUGAGAAUAAAUGUAAUCAUGAGUAUCACGGAAACAAAAAUAAACCUAUUGUGAGUAGAAGGUUUAAGGAGAAGAUAGAAGGGGAAGCAGAUGGCUGUAAAGGAAGAAGAGUAUGAAUAAAAAAAUUUCAAGAUAUUAAGACCAUGGUAGAAGAAGAGGUUAUACCAAUUUCUUUUGGACAAUCAAUUUUGGUUUUCCCAGAUGAAUGGCUAUCGCUUCGGUAAUGCCUGGAAGAUGCAAUAUAAUUGCCUUUAGAAAACUUCUACUUACCUUGUAGAUGACUUUGAAUAUAGAGUUCGUCCUGAUUGAGUGACCUGUGUUCACAAUUAAUUGUUUAGAAAUGGAUUUAAUGUGAUUUCUUUUAAUUCUUAUUUCAGUGAGAUGUGUUACGAAUAAACAG